UUCAAGUUUAGUUUUGCAGAAGAAAAAUGAGACAAAACUUCACAUAUAAGAAAGUCACAGCGCCGCAGUGAUCGUGCUCAGUACGAAAGUUUUACGCCAUGGGUAUCGAGUUGCAAUUUAUCUUGCAAGUGAUUUUAUACUUUCACUUGCGAAACGUAUUCGGCGCAGAUGGUAACCAACGGAUUGUCGGAGGCACCCCGGUAAUGGUAAAGCAGUAUCCUUAUUACGUGCGCCUGCACUAUGGGAGCGAGUUUAAGUGUGGCGGGUCGCUGAUACGUGACAAUGCUGUACUUACAGCAGCACAUUGUGUAGUGGAUUUCAAUGUGAAAAUGUUGCGGAUUCAUGCCGACACUAUUAAUCUUUACGAUAUUGGCAUAGUGAGAACGGCUAAAAAUGUGUUGAUAUCGCAAGCAUAUGAUGAGAAUACAAUGAACUAUGAUGUUGCUGUGUUGAUUCUUUCGUCGCCUAUACCGCCAACUAGCGCUACGCCAAUUCCACUAAAUAAAAUACCCGUUGCUCCAGGUAUGAAGUGUCUGGUUAUGGGUCAUGGCCUCCAAAGUGAGAAUGGCUGGGGUUCAGCUCAAUUGCAAGAGGUUCAGGUGCCUGUGUUGAGUCGCGCACUUUGUAAAAUCAAAUAUGCAUUUAGGGAAUAUAUUUCGCCGUCUAUGAUGUGUGCUUCGACACCGGGCAAGGAUUCGUGUUCUGGUGAUUCCGGCGGCCCAAUGGUAUGCAAUGAAAGGCAAGCUGGAAUUGUGUCGUGGGGUUAUGGCUGUGGUAAAGCACUAUAUCCAGGCGUUUACACUGACGUAAGCAAGAUUUACGGUUUUAUUGAAAAAGUUCUGGAACAGUAUCCUUAGGAAAUCCAUGUUUGAAAGGAUUAAGGCGAAGAUGUUGAGUUAUAAGCCUCAUAUCAGCAAAAA